AAAAAAUAGAGCGGCAGAGGAGCUCGAACCUGCAAAAAUCUACUUCCCUCUCUCUCUUCUUUCUCCAGCACAGAUUGUAAGCCCUAGUUAUCUCCGAUUUUCCAUUAUGUUUCUAUGUGAUUCUUGGCGUUUUCCGUCUCGAUCUCUCUCAAUUUUCUCAUAAUCGCAUACAUUUUCGGCCCUGCAAAACCCUAACUUUCUAGCUUGUUCCACUGGAAUAGGGGCAUGCUAGGUCUCAUAGGUUGAAGCUCUCUUGCGAACCAGAAGCUUCGGGGCCGAAGCUGUAAUUUUAGGAGGGAAGUAUGUACAGGGAUCGAGAAGGCGGAGUUGGCGGGUUGGGCAAAUCGGAGAUUGUAGGAGGAGGAGGGCCUUUGGAUCGAAAGCGCAUCGUGAAUAAUGCUCUGGAAAAGCAUCUAGAGAAGUCCUCCACGUCCACUUCGAGGGGAUUCAACGCUAAGGAUAAGGAGAAAUUGUCGGUCCCUUCCACUUCCACUUCCACCGGAAAAGCGAAGCUCGAUCACCGUGACUCCCGCUCCGCUUCCCUCGCCAAGAACAAAUGCUCUGAUGAGGAAUCUGAAACAGACAGUGAAGAUUCAGAUGUCAGUGGUUCUGAUGGAGAUGACACCUCUUGGAUUUCAUGGUUCUGCAAUUUGCAGGGAAAUGAAUUCUUCUGUGAAGUUGACGAUGAAUACAUCCAAGAUGAUUUUAAUCUUUGUGGCCUGAGCAGUCAAGUUCCUUAUUAUGAUUAUGCACUUGAUUUGAUUUUGGAUGUGGAAUCUUCUCAUGGAGAUAUGUUCACGGAAGAACAGAAUGAGUUGGUAGAAUCGGCGGCUGAGAUGCUGUAUGGUCUGAUUCAUGUGCGGUACAUAUUGACUACCAAGGGAAUGACAGCCAUGUUAGAGAAGUACAAAAACUAUGACUUCGGAAGAUGUCCGAGAGUUUACUGUUGUGGUCAGCCGUGCCUUCCUGUUGGUCAGUCGGACAUUCCUCGUUCGAGUACUGUUAAAGUAUAUUGUCCUAAAUGUGAAGAUAUAUAUUACCCUCGGUCCAAGUACCAAGGUAAUAUCGAUGGAGCUUAUUUCGGUACGACUUUUCCUCACUUAUUUCUUAUGACCCAUGCGCACCUGAAGCCGCAGAAGCCAACACAAAGUUAUGUACCAAGAGUUUUUGGCUUCAAGCUUCAGAAGCCCUGAAACAAACUGGAGUUGGAAAGCUGGGAUUUCUCAUUGUUCCAUUGGUGGCGGUCGAUCUCGCUUCGCUUGGCCUUGCGCUUUGUUGAAAGAGCUAUAACCAAUGAGUUGCCAAGAGUAUUAUGAUUGUUGUACCAAGUGAAAGUUUAAAAAUGCAGCAGUAUCAGUAUCCAAUAUGGUCAAGCCUGACCUCUUCAAUUUUAAUUUUUGAAUCUAACACAGGGUUUGUAAGUUUUUUCUCUUUUUUUUUGGGUUUGAAAAUUAUUUAAUGUGGUUUCAAAUGUAGUUUUUGGUAUACCAUCUCCUCUUCUUAUGUUUUUGACAACACGUCCAAUGAUAAUAAUACGAGCUGUUUUUAAGCA